UUAACCGACUUAUGGGAGAUGGGGCAUCCAAUUCUUCACACAAACCACCGGAAUCGCAAUACGAAAAUGAUAAAAGUUGUGAUCGUUCAUUAAUCGCAGCCCCUGGUAAACAAGAAUUGUACGCUGGAAGUGGUGUCUAUAUAUCUUGUGUGGAACUACACACAAUAUUGGCUAAGGCUAUGGGAAAGCCACAGGAACUCCUUGGUCAAUUGGUAAACUACUUUUUUGACGACAACAUAUUAGCGAAGUCUGUCCCUUUACAAGAAAGUCGGGCAAAGGGGAAAAAUGUACUUGAUCAAAGGAUCAUUCGUGCCAUUAUAGUGUAUUCGAAGAAGUGCCAUUUGCUGUGGGUCAAAGAAAAUAAAGUUAGCAGCGAAGAAAGGUUUGAUUGGGGAAGAAUAAUACGAAAUAAAUGCAUCACUGCCAGGAGGCGUUUAGAGAGAAAACUAAAAAGACAGUAAUGGUCAGUAAAAUUUGUUAUAUAUGACAAACCCGUUGUGACGAAAAACUGAUAGAUCGAUAUAUACUUUGUAGAAUACGCAUAACUUAAUUGACGCGUCAUAGCACGUGUUUUGAUUGAAUAUCACUAAAAUAAAUAAUAUGUAAGAAACCACUCUAUUAUAAUAACUUUACAGGGCAUUGUUGUGCAUCAGCGGGCUAAAAUUCAUUCCGCUCAAAUUAGCUUUGAUAGUUUGCUUGCUCUUUUGAAAGAAAAUAGACUUAAUUCAUUUUGUAAAUGCCCUAUAAGAUUAUUAUAGCGAGGGAUAAGAUAUAUCCUGAGAAGGGACAAAAACAAUUUUAUACUCGCGAACCUCAGCUCUAUUGUUAUAUUAUAGUUAGACUUUGAGAUUGGUUUAUACAUGCCUACCAUAUUAUUGCCGUGUUUAUGGAUAGCUAGAUGUCGAUUGUACGUGAUAUAUAUAAGUAUGUCAAUCAAUUAGCUUCAAUUAGUCGUACUCCAGCUCUUCAUCGGUUUGACUUGAGCUCUGCCGACUCUUGUCAUUCGUUUCAGAAACUGUUGUUGUUAUAAGUCCAUUACUAGUAUAAGUUAGUUGGACGUUAUAUCGAUAUCCUCUUAUACGGUUUGUGAAUAAACGAAUCGCGAUUUGU